CUUUCUGAAUCUGCUCUUUUCUGGGAAAAUUGCCCCUUUCUCUUGAAAGUUCAUGGCUUGAUUGCAUCCGAUCAUCAAGAACUGAAAAGGGUCGGCCAUGAAUCAUGCUGCUAUCCCUUUUCUUGUUCUUGACCUAGCUUGAAGUUUGAAGCUUUGUCCUACUCCUACCUGAAAUUGUGCGAAGUUUUCGUGAAUUUGCUUAGGGGAGGCUAAAGGGCUGAGCUUUUUAAUGAAUACGGAUGAAGGUGAAGGGAGAAUUGAAAUGAAAGAAAACGACCGCAGAAUCACCAAUUUAUGCUGCGUGGGUGCAUGUCUGCUGCUUUGUGAUUUCAGGACUUGCCAUUAACCUAAUCAAUUUUUAUAUUAUAAAUGCGUAGAAGUGAUAGGCUCACUGUCACUUGACAAAUUUGGAUCAGUGAUUUGAGAACUCAGAAUCAUCACUAAGAUUAUGCAUAGUUCGCUGCAGAUAAUGGGUCUUUGGGUUAUCAUGGAAGGAUUCCUGCUCUUUGCAAAUGCCCUGGCCAUUUUAAACGAAGACCGCUUCCUCUUUCGCCGAGGAUGGACACUGGCUGAAGUUUCGGGUCCCAGGAGGAACUCCGUGAAGGGGCAGUUCAUAGGACUUAUAUAUGCGUGCCAGUAUAUGAGAUUACCCCUCAUACUCUUGAACAUCAUCACCAUUGUCGUUAAGUUGUUCACUGGUUGACUUAAAUGAAUUGCAUAACUAGCAUGCUGAAGUUUGAUGCACAGUUUGAAUGUGUUUUUGGAGUUUGUAGAGUUUGUACUUCAGAUGUCUCGCUUCAUCGGGCAUGGCUUUCAUUGGAUAUAGAGGAGGAGGGAACUUGACCGUAACAGCCACAAUGCGGAUCAGUGUAGGGCAGAGUUCAAGGACGUCCCUCGGAACUCACCUGCUUCAGACUUUAUACAUGUUUUAGUAAUGGUGAGUGUGUACAUUUGGAAAGAAGAACAUCAGUGAGUGUUUUUGUGUUCUGAGCAGAGUUCAUCUUAGUCAAUAAUACUCGACUUCUUGUGACAUAUAUCCAUGUAUUAGCUUGAAUAGUCAAUGUGUAUUAUUUUGGCGCUGUA